CUUCAAAAUAAAAGCUUGCCAACAUUCGGUGAAAGGGAGGUGCGUCGACUUCCCCUCUCUCUAGCAAAAAAUUACAUGGUAAUUUAGAGGUGUACAAUAUUGAGUGGAGUUGUUGGCAGUUAUUUAAUGCAUCCUCUCUGAUUUAUGUCACGGGAACGCCCAGGGUGUUCAAGGUAACGACACCGCCCCCUCCCUCCGUCCCUGCUGUAGGAGAGUGGACAGCCGGUAUCUGGAUGAACACGGUGCAGUGUUGGGGUUUUUUUCUUUUAUGAUGUAUGGUUUUAUUGGGUAAUUUCAACUGCACAGCACUGGGCACUGACGACAAGCUUCGCUGACUGCAUCAUGGUCAACCUCUGCUGUCUCUGCUGCGGUGAAAUCCCUCAACCCCGCCCCCCUCCGUCAGGCCAGUCGGGAGGACCACCGCGGGAUCCCCGCUCCGUGCAGCAGCAGCAGCAGCAGCAGCAGCCGCCUGCUGGCUCCGGCCCAGACGCUGUGGGGCUGAGGGGGGCGCAAAAAGGGGGAGCGAACGGAAGGGAUAUCUAGAAGAGAGCAUGUGGAUAAAAAGGAGUGAGUUUAUGAUCUCUCUCUGACAUGCGAAGAGUGCAGCAUGCUCUCUUCCGAUCUGGACUCUGCGGAGGACACGACGGCCAGCGCUCCCAAUGAUGCUGAGGGAGAGGAGCAGGAGCAGGAGGAAGAAGAGGAAGACUCACCGGCAGAGAGUGAUGUCCCGGAGGAGCAACGUCCAGUGAAGCAGUCCCUGGGUUCAUGUGUCUGCCGGGAGUCCCACUGGCGCUGCCUGCUGCUCUCCCUGCUCAUGUACAGCUGUGUGGGUGCGGUGGCCUGGUGUCAGCUCACCAAGGUCACCAAGAUCAGCUUCAGCUCCGCCCUCCCCUCCUCCUUCACGGCCUCCUUCACCUCCUCCCUGCGGGGGACGUCCGGGAUGGGCACCGGAGGCCACUCCAUGAUAUACCACGACAGCCCCUGCUCCGACGGCUACAUCUACAUCCCCCUGGCCUUCCUGCUCAUGCUCUAUGUGCUGUACAUGGUGGAGUGCUGGCACUGCAGGGCCAGGAGCGAGCUGCAGUGUAAGGCGGACGUGGACAGCGUGUACGAGCGCGUGCUGCGGAUGCGCCAGGCCCAGCCCUGCAUAUGGUGGAAGGCCAUCAGUUACCAUUUUGUGCGACGGACCCGGCAGGUCACCCGGUACCGCAACGGGGACGCCUACACCACCACGCAGGUGUACCACGAGAGAGUGAACACGCACGUGGCGGAGGGAGAGUUUGACUACAGCCACUGUGGGAUGAAAGAUGUGUCGCGUGACCUCAGGGGCCUGGAGGGUCACACAGCGACUCGCUUCCGCUUCACCAAGUGUUUCAGCUUCACCGAGGCGGGCCCAGAAAACGAUUACCUCAACCAGAGAGCCAGAUUCUUCUCUGAAAUCGAGGGGUUGGACGAUUACAUGGAGGCCAGGGAGGGGAUGCAGCUGAAGAACGUGGACUUCAGAGAAAACCUGAUAGCCUAUGUAGACCCAGAUAGGAUGCCCUGGUACACUUCCCAGGUUGCCUUCUGGCUGGCAGCUCUCUUCAUGCUGUCCUGGCCUCUGAGAGUGCUCAUAGAGUACCGCACUGCUUAUGUGCACUACCGCAUAGAGAAACUAUUUGGGUUAGAGUACAGCCACAGCAGCCCGUCUCCUCUGGACGAAGACAGGCCUGUGGGGAACAAUAUCAGUUGUGCUAUUCCGAGAGUGGACACGCUGGACAGCACUGAGAUGGAGUGGCACAUACGCUGCAACCGCCAGGUGAUUCCCAGCUACUCAGAGGCCAUGAUGAUAAACAUGAGCACAGCAGAGUCUAACUCGCUGCAUGACACUGAGUGCACCUCAUCCUCGAACUGCUUCCUGCUGGACAGCAGCCAGACUGCUCAGAGUUACGGUGCCCUCCAGAGCCAGGACGACUGUGACCGAUGCAGCGAUCUGACCACAGAUGGAGGAGGAGGAGGAGGAGAAGGAGGAGACAGGGGAGGAGGCAGGAGGAGGACCAUCACCAGCUCCAGCUGCUCCUCCAUCUUCUCCUGCCGGGGAGCGCUGUUCCAGUCCCACCUCUCCUCGGACACGUCCCGCCUCUCCCUCUGCCGCAUGUACGGCUCCCACCGCACCGUGGCCCUGUGGAGGAGCCGCAGCAGCAACCUGACCGACCCCUGCUGCGCCGACGAGCAGUGCUGCGGGUCCGACUCCAGCCAGCUGGCCCUCAGCGACAGCCCGCCCACCUACAGGGACGCUCGCUUCUUCCCGGUCCUCAUCGUGCACCGGUCCGAGGGUUGCGGCGGCGAGGAUGGGAGGGAGGUGAGGCGUUAUUACGUGCGGAGAGGGUCGUCCUGUGUGGAGACGGCUCUGUGA